UUUCUUCCCUUUUCUUCCCUUUCGUCUCCCUUCUCUUUCGGACCCUUUACCCUCACCAAGCCCACCUUCGGGGUGCAGGAAGGACUGUGAACUGGGGUAAAAGACUGCUCGUGCUGAGUCGCGAGGAGGACGGUGAUAGCUUAGAGACGCGCGGAUAUGUUCGCGUCUGUGGGUGAGCGCGAUCAUGUGGGUAGGCACCUUUUUUAACGCACGUGUGUGCAGGUGCGUGAGUCUAAGAGAGGAGGAAGUGCCUUAACGAAGAAAAGUUCUCAGUGACGGAUACCUUCCUCCAAAUACCCUCCGUUUUCUUACGUAUUCGUGAAAUUUAUCUUUUCAUCUUCCACGAUGGAGAAUGACAAUGAAAUUUCUGAAUAACGCGAACGUUAUAUCGCACAAAGAUGCGUACAAUGUGGAUCGUUGAUCUAAUCUUAACGUUAAUUUCGCAUCAAGAUGCCGAUAAAACAGAAACGUUCGUCAUAGAAAAAUUCUAUGAAAGAACAUUGAUCUUACAAGCGAAAGCUUAAAUCUUGUAGCAAGAAGAAAUAAGAUGAAGAAGGCGUAAGGAGCCAACAAGAGCUUAAGAAGACGUCGUCCCUGACUUUGAAAGAGGGUAGCAGGGAGUAAGGGGUGAGUUCACUGGGGGGACUAGAAGCUAGGGUAUGGAGGCGGUAGCGGGGAUGGGGGUUGAAUCAGCGCGGGGGUGUAUGGGGGAAUUAGUAGAUGGCCGUGGACAAUGUGGGGGAUACUUUCUCAUAUCAAGUAUGGCCGCCAUCGUGGCACGAUGGCCAAAACAAUAUGCGCAGUGAAUAAAGUGAUGUUAUCGUCGUUAUCGUCGCCGUUAUCAGUCGCAAGCUCGUGCCUCGUUUAUUAAAAAGGAUUCAUCGUCGUAUCACUAUAAUUAAGAAAUGGAUAAUGGCAAGAAACCAAUCAAUCGUGAACAUUUUGAAUUCUUUUACGUGGGCAAAUUGCUUCUGAUUACGGGCGACGAGUAAUCGAUAAGCUGGUACGAGAUUGGGCCUGUCACGACCAAGCAAAAUGUCCUCGACGAUGGCGCAUGAGACGACGACGAUAUCGGAAUUGACGGAAUUGGACAGCGACGGAUCGAGUUGCGGAGAACGCGACGCGAGGAAGCGUCUUCGUUUCGACGCGGAUUCAACAGGGCCGAAGAAGAGACGAAAACAAACGACGCCCGUGAGAUUCUCCUCGACGUCAAUGCCCGGUGUGCACGAAGAAUCGAACGAGGACGAGGAAGAGGACGAGGACAGCGAAGGUAAGCUGUCGUCGCAAUCACCCAUACCGAGUCAAUCAUCGAUAAGAGACGAGAACCUGAAUAACGAAUUCCGUUGCAAAUAUUGUAGUCAGUUUUUCGAUAGCAAGGAAACGUUGAACGUUCACCUCGACAAUGAGCACGGUUCCGCGAAUCAGAUUUCGGAACAAAGUCAAAGUAGAUCUCCGAAUUCCGUGAUCAAACAAGAACCGUCUCAGCAACAGGACCAAUCCGAGAAUCCCGUUAAUUUGCUUAGCGUAAAAAACUUCGCGAUAAACUGGCUAGCCACCGGGCAACACGUGCAAUCGCAAGCACAAAUGCAGACGCAGAACGAAGAAUCCUGGCCCGGGCCAGCGAGUCAAAUUCCACCGUUACCCAACCACUUGCAAAUCCUUUCUGGCUUUCCUGGCGCCUUGGCGCAGUAUUUACCUAUGCCCGCGUUCCCAUUGACGGACUCCGGUUCUAUCGCCAGGCCCUCGUUGGGACCAACGCCGGUCAGGAUCUUUAAUCCGGACGCGUACUGUGAUCUGUGCAAUAAAGAGUUCUGCAACAAGUAUUUCCUCAAGACACACAAAGCGAACAAGCACGGUAUCUACGUCGAUUCACCGGGACCCAGCACCGUCGACAAUAGCAUUCCAGGACCAUUGUACCCUACCAACUAUCCUAGUAACAUGGUUAAGCUAGAACUGCCCGCGACACCACCUACACCGACCGUCGCGUGUGAUCUCUGUCAGAAACGUUUCAAAAACGAGGAAUCGAUGCGUAAACACAAGCAAAAGAUGCACGUUGAAUUAUUGGAUCAGUCGCAAGAGUCUCAGAUCAAUUUGUCGCAAAACGAAGAGGACAGGGAUACGUCGAGGGAUAGUCUCGGCGGUAUGGAAACGUUGUUUAAGCAAGAAUACGGGAUAGAACAAGAGGAUGCAACGUUCGUACCAGCACCCAGACAUCUAUCGCCUCAAUCGAUUCAACAGGCACGAGAGUCUGGUUUCAGCGCCGAUCGACUUCGUCGUUUAGGGGUUAUAAAUCCAGAAGCGUUUUGCGAGAUAUGUUGUAAAGAGUACUGUAAUAAGUACUUCCUACGGACUCAUAAAAUGAAGAGGCACGGUAUCAUCGUUCAGGACAACGAAAGAUCGCCUAGCAAUCCAGGGACAGCGGCCAGUUGGCAUCAAGUGCAGACCAGUCCGUUAAAUCUGAUCGUGACGGAGAAUCCUGGUAGCACGGAAUCGAACGAUCGAGUCGUCGACGAUUACGAGUGCAAGCUAUGUGGUAUACGUUUCCAGACGAUUGACCUGUAUCAAGCUCACUGUCGGAAGAUGCACGAGAGCGAGGAACAACAAUCGCCUAGGCAAGAGUGCGAGCUAGAUAUAUCCGAUCAACGGAACGAUUCGAUCUCGGAGGAUCUUCAAAAAUUGCAGACGAUGCUGUUGCAACUGAACGGACUCAAGCCUACCAAGGGAUUAUCGUGCAACGUGUGCGGAAAAGAAUGCGAGACCAGAGCAACGUUGCAUAUUCAUAUGAUAACGGAACACGGCGCCAUCCAAGAAGAUUCAACAUCCUCGCCGCAAGAAAAGUCACCCUUAACUACAACCUCAGCGUUCUGCGCCCUAUGUGGAAAAGAUUACGCGAGUCAGGACGCUCUCAGGAAACAUAUCGCCGACGAACAUCAACCAGCGGUUUCGAAUACCAUUCCUCAAACUCCUACAACCACAGCGACAACGACCAAUUCGAAUUCGACCAGCCAAACUCCAACCGAGAGAAAGGUAACAUCGAUGACGCCAACGUCGAGCUAUUGCGAGAUAUGCAACAAGGAAUUAUGCAAUAAGUACUUCAUGAAGACGCAUAUGCAAAGAAUGCACGGUAUUGAGAUUGAAAAUGGAGCCCAGAUCGGUGGCGUGAUAUGCAACAUUUGUAACAAAGAGCUGUGCAGCAAAUACUUUUUACGCGUUCACAAGCACAACACUCAUGGCAUAGUCGACGAAAAUACUCCCAGUUCGGUAAAGCAAGAGACCCACGAGGCAUCAAACGCGGACGAUGCUGCUUUGAAGCCGGAGCAACUCGGUGAUCUGAGUCACAGAUAUUUCACCCACUUUACAGAGGUUUGUCCAAUCUGUAGCAGAAGGUUCCGUAGUAUAAAGUGGUUAAAGGCUCAUCUGAUGAGCGAUCAUGGGAAAACAGGCAUCGAUAAAUGGCGCGAGAUGGAGCAACAAUAUCAAACAACGCCGAAAUCGGGCAAUAGAACAGCGAAUGUAAUAUCGAAGAACCCUCAACAGAGCUCGAAUUUGAAGAUACCGAAUGGAUUUGAAAUCUCACAGCAAAUCAAGUCUGCCGACUACACUGGUUUGGGUAAUCAAGUUCUGUCUAAUUUACUGGGGUCAUCCUCCGAAGAUCAACAGUUGAAAAGCUAUCGCUGUUCCUAUUGCAAUUUCACGACCACCGUGUUACCGUUUCUCUUCCUGCACGAGAGGUCUCACGUGAAUUCCCGUGACAACGAAGGAGAGAAAUCGCUUCAAUGUCCGAUUUGCUCCCAAGGUUUCCAUCAGCCGGAAAUGUUGCAUCAGCAUCUCCUCACAUCGCACCAAUUUCCCACGUUGCUGCCUCAUUUUCAACCCUCUGUGCUUAAUAAUUUAAGUCUAGACGCGGAGAAAUUGAACGAGGCCAAAGAGAAACUCGAUCUGGAAGCGAAGGAGGAGCAUACGAGGAACAGUCCACAAGUUACCACCAAUCAAAAUAUUCCCGAACCGAUGAGAAACAAACAACAGGACGAAACAGCGGUCCAAGUUACUCCUCAUGGUGUAUAUAAGUGCGCACAGUGCGGUUACGCGACGACCAAUUUAAACAGAAUUAAGAAGCACGUGAGAAAAGAUCACAAAACGAUCAGCGAUCCUACCGAUAGCGUGCUCGCCGAGCUUAGCAGAACUUUGAAAGACGUUGCCAACAAACAUAAAGUACCAGCUUGCUACGCAACGCCACAGGAUAUGAAUUCCAAUCCUGACAAAACGAUCAUGCAACCAUUUUUAAUCGAGGAACAGGACACGAUGCAAGCUGGAGAGGAAUCCAGCUCGGAGAAACGAUUCGCGCCGGCUUUGGUCUAUCUGCCGGUUAAAUCGCGAAUCAACAACGCGCUCACUGCAUCCUUCACCCUCAGUCCUGCUUGAAACUCUUCCUUCUUCGCAUCUACUCCUAUGGAUUUUACAACUUGUUUCUACGUCUGCGAUUUGAGCACGUGUUAUCAGUUCCUACGUAAAGUGUAAGAAAAUAGUUAGCGAAAGUUUAUAUAUUUUUCAUAUACGUGGCUCGCCGAGGGUUCAACUCAUUCAUCGUUUAGCGUACGCGUACUAUCUUGGUGAAAACGAUUCGCUACAUAUAUUUCCUGGGUAUUUGCCGACGAAUUUUCAUCCUACGCUUUUCUCGUGCAGUGAACGAGGAUCUAAAAAAUGCGUCCGCGUAUUGGCCUAUUUUUUUCGCUUGUUCGAUGACUCUUGUCACGACGUAUAUCGCACACAUAUGUACAGAGUAUUUAUCAAAAUUCCCGGAUUCUGUUUCUUUCAAAGAACAGAAUGAGAAAAGGGAACCCGCGUUUGAAAGCCACGUUGUUAUACUGUUCCAAUUCGGGAACGUUUUAUUGUACAUAAUAUAAUUGUAUAACUGACACGAACGUGUGAUCGAAAAAAGUUCCUAUUUUAAAUGUGACCGACCUCCGAAGAGAGUAUACUAGAUCGUGUCUAAUCUUUCGAACAACAGCCUCCUUUGUUCGUUUUAAUUAUUCUCGUAAUGCCGCAAUUUUGCUUUUUGCUCAAGUCCAGCAAUUACGAGCGAUACAAGAUAGAGAAGGAAACGAAAGAAUUACACGACGCCAUCUCGAUGUUCGGGCGUCGUUAAUACAUAACUGUAUCGAUAUACCGGUGGUUUUUCAUUUUUCGCGAUCGUGCUAGUCAAUAUUUUAUAUAUAAAUAUAUAUAUAUAUAUACAUAUAUGUAUAAGCAAAGUUGAAAGGUAGGGAAGAAGAUUUAUAGAAGUAUUUAUAUGUAGACGCGUUAAAAUAUGAUGAAUAACGUGAGGAAAAAGAGGUAAGGACGAAAAAGGAGGACGAAAGAAGCGUAAUUACGGUAACUGUGAGGCAAGCAUGAUUAAAUCUACGGUUACGAUAUUUAAGUAUCAACGAGCAGUGAAAGCCAAUCAACUCAGGGUCGACACAGUAUAACCCGCAACAAAAAGUACAAUCGUAUACACAGCCAACGCAUUACAUAGAAUUAAAAUAAAUAUAUCGAUAUAACGUUUCGCAAACCGCGGAUAUCAAAUAUACGCCAAUCGAUCUCUUCCCGUUUUCGGAAGGGACAAAACGACCACUCGAGAGAUAUUCGACUGUACGAUACCCGUUUCUUUAAAUUUUAAACGAUUAAAACUGUAUGCGCCUCUCUGAUUAUCUAUCUAAACUAUUUAAACAGUAAGAUCUUAAAUAGUCUAGUCGUUUACAAGAAAUAGCAAACGUUGCCCCAACGAUGUCGGAAACGUAAAGUUCCUUUCCGAAAUGAUGUUUCAACCUCGUGCCUUGCAGCUGAAGAAACUGAGAAUCAAAAUUUCGUUAUCGCCAUAUAUAAGAGUCGAAUAGAAGUUGGACACGAUUCGAGUGUCCACGAUGUGAUGUCGUUUAUUUCUGUCGUCCGUAUAUACAGAGAACAAUUCGUACCACGAUAAUCCUCUCGAUCUCGUAAUGGCAGUUUCCUCUUUCUCUUUACCGUGCGUGUAAUCGUACCACUCUUAUCCGCGACGACUGACCUCACCGGUUAUAGCGCUCUUCGAUAUGGUCGCGUGUUAUUUAAAUUUCAAUAUAGAAAGAUAUAUACAAAAUUUAAAAAUAUCUAAAAUUUUUAAAAAGUACAUAGCAU